AUGUCGUUUCUAAAACAAUUGCGUCGCCGCUCAAAAGCGAGCUUUAAUUCCGACACCAAAGGCGCCGCGACCAAGGUGGAAAUGGUUGGCAAAUCAUCCUCCACGAUCGACACAUCCUCCCACAGCUCCAUAACUCCGCCAUCGUCGAUCAAGCCAACUCUCUCUUCCCCAAAUCUUCCUUCCUUGAUCGAAUCAGAUGCCACCUCUUCACCUUUACCCCCGCCCCCGCAGCGGCCAGGACUCUUUGUGACCCGAUCGCAACGAAAUAGUGUGGUGGGAAGCUCCUCUUCGUCCAUCAAUGGAGUAUAUCGUUCAACUCCUGCCUCACCAUAUGCGCCCCGGAUUGUGUCAAUCACCGAUAAUUCCUGGGUUCAUCAAAAGGUUCUCCUCGUCUAUGGUCAAAUUGGAGACCCCAGGCACCAUCCGCUGGACGGAGGUGUCACAGUCUUCCACCACCAAGACAAUUUUCCGUCGACCGGCUGGCCCGUAACAGAAUCUCAUUUCAAAGCCUUGAUUCAUCUAGUACCCGGUCCUAAUCGCCUCCGUCUCGAUUUCAUUUCUCCCAAGCUAUCUUCAGGCAGCACACACCCCGCCGUCCAUUCGACAUGGAUUAAUAUCAACUAUCUUCCUCUGGUGAACAGUCCACCUUUGCAAUUGGUUGUAUUGCUCGGAAAGGAUUCAGAUGGGACAUAUGAUGCCGUGCCGGAGAGGAUGGAGCGAGAAGGCAAUGGACUAGACACCGCGAUUCGAAAAUACCGAACAGCAGCAUACCUUUGGCAAGCGUUCACCGGCGAGCAGAUGUUCCGCAACAACUUUGGACGGCGCUGCUUCAGAUUCGAGGAGGAAUGGCAGUCUGGCACCCUCAGUCGACGGGAUUCGGCGGUCGGACAAAUGCGCAAUGAAGCCAAAAUCCACAUCGUUCGCACUGAGAAAACAGUGGCGGAGCUGCGAGACCUCAACAUUGCUCAACAAAACCAGAAUGCUCAAAAGAAAGAUGAGUUGUUUGCGAUCGCCAAGGAGGCGGUACGGAAGCAUUUCAACCCUCAACCUGGGCAGAAACAAUAUGUCUCUGUGCUGCUGUUAGACUCACACUGGGAUACUGAGCAGCAAAUGAUCACAGGCCACGCGGCAUUAGGGUCUGCCGGUGACGAUAUAAAAAUGGCCAUCUUUGGGUCCCACGCUCUACAGAGUUAUCCAUCUUGUUUAGAGGAGGUUGUGGACGCCUUCUCUGACUGUGUACGAACAGAUACAAACUACGUGGCAAACGACAAUGGUGAAGCCGGGUCGAAUUGGGAAUCCGCCAAUAUUGGCAUUGGAGCUCACUUGCAUGAAGUUGGACAUCUCUUCGGAUGCCCCCACCAGGAGUCAGGCAUUAUGCUUCGCGAUUACGUCCAGUUGAAUCGCUCAUUCUUGACAAAAGAGCCAUUCUCGACUCGCACAAAGGCUCAAGGGCUGAAGGUGUGUUUACCAAACGACGAGUGUAGCUGGCAUCGCCUGGAUGCUCUCCGUUUCCGAUUCCACCCCUGCUUCAGACUCCCAAGUGACGCAUCUGCGAGCUUGGAUGAUAGUGUGCAAGUAUGGCCAGUGGAGAAUGGCAAGAUUCUCUUUACUGCUUCCUCGGGUAUCGCCUUCAUGGAGCUUUACAAAGAAGGCGAUGAGUUCUGCCAUACUUCGAUUGAAUAUCUGAACACGGAGAAUAGCAGCAAUGGACUUCCCAAGCAAAUCAUGAUUACCGAGAGUGAGCUUCGAUUGAAGGUCUUUGGUACUGAAAAGGAGAAGAAAAAGAAGAUCAAAGCUAUUGUCUACUCCGGUGCUCUCGGUAGCUACACAGUUGAGGAUGUUGGUCUCUUGAAGUCGAAGAGCUCUCUGGUCAAGCUGCCCAAGAGUCAGUCUGGCUACAAGAGUGGAAUGCUUGGUUUCUCCUCAAUGGAAGGCAGUGAACCCCAGCAAUUACUUCUCGAGUGCGCCUUCAUCGCAACCAAGCUCUUGACAUCUGUAAAAGUCUACCAUGGAAAUGCCUUGGAUGGCAUCGAAUUUUGCUAUGAAGACAUGACUAGCCAACUCUUUGGAAAACGAGGCGGCAAAGCUGGCGGUGAUGAGUUUGUUCUCGACACUCGGCGUGGAGAAAUUCUGCUUGGAUUUUACGUCCGAGCUGGACUUUGGAUUGAUGGAAUUGAGAUUCUUACUAGUCUUGGCCGAAAAUCCGGCUUUUAUGGAAAUCGCCAUGGUGGAUCGGGCCAUACCUUAAUACCGCCUCUUGGAUAUAAGAUCGCCGGCGUCGCGGGAUCGUGUGCAUCUUGGAUUGAUGGAUUCUCUCUAAUCAUCCAGCAUUGA